AUGAAACAAGAAAAUGAGACUUAAAAUCAUACACAAAAUUCAAUCGAAAAUUUACUUUCUGAAGGCUUAAAUGAAUUGUCAAAGACAGUUUUGAUUACUAAACAACAAACUUUUCCAUAACAAUCGAAAUUUAAAGCCAUAAUUUACCAAAAGGAUGAAGAAGGUCUAAAAAAUCUUUGGAGAUUCAAACAAAUCCUGGCUAAGAAAAUAAUUAAGAAAAUGAAAAGUUGA